AUGGGUAUCUCAGCUAUCAUUGAGAACCUCAACCGUUCCAUUGCCAGGACUACCUUCGGAAGGGUCUUCCGGCUUGAGGGGAGCGGUCAUGCGAAAGAAAUCAAGGGAGCCAAGUUCACAGUCGAACUUGGUGCUGGCUUUACCACGUUCAUGACCAUGUGUUACAUUAUCAGUGUCAACGCCUCAAUCUUGUCACAGACUGGUGGCACUUGUGUAUGUAACGGAGGCGAGGCAGAUCCUAUUUGCAAAGAAAACUUGGAAUACACUGUCUGCGUUCAAGGCAUUCAGCGUGACUUGGUCACGGCCACAGCAGCUAUUGCAGCGCUCUCGUCGUUCGUCUUUGGUUUCUUGACCAAUAUGCCAGUUUGUCUUGCACCUGGCAUGGGCUUGAAUGCCUAUUUCACAUACCAAGUUGUUGGCUUCCAUGGCUCUGGCACCGUCCCCUACAGACUUGCACUGACGGCAGUCUUCGUCGAAGGACUCAUCUUUGUGUUCCUCGCCUUGACGGGCAUGCGUCAAUGGCUCGUUAAGCUGGUUCCAUCAUCCCUGAAGAUAGCUGCCACAUCUGGCAUCGGACUCUUCCUCGCGCUAAUCGGCCUAUCUUCUACCGGGGGUGUUGGCCUCAUCACAGGCUCAGCAAAUCAUCCUACAGACUUGGGUGGCUGCCCUGCUCAGUAUAUGGAUGAAUUCGGAGCAUGUACAAGUCACAAGAUGCUCAGCCCAACUGUUUGGAUUGGUAUCUGCUGUGGUGGAUUCGUCAGCGCUCUGUUGAUGAUGUACAAGGUCCGGGGAGCUAUCUUCUAUGGCAUUGCAAUUGUUUCAAUCAUGUCAUGGCCUCGGAAUUCUUCCUUCACUUACUUCCCUCAUACACCUGAAGGAGAUGAUCGCUUCAACUUCUUCAAGAAUGUCGUCGGUUUCCAUGCGAUCAAGGAUACUCUCGUCGCCCAAGAGUGGGAUCUUUCAGGCACUACUGGCGCCCAUUUCGCACUUGCACUAUUCACAUUCCUAUAUGUUGACAUCUUGGAUGCAACUGGCACACUAUACUCCAUGGCUCGCUUCGCAGGGGUUGUGGAUCCUACCGACGGUUCUUUCCCUCGCUCGACAGUUGCGUUCUGCACUGACGCCAUAUGCAUCUCGAUCGGAUCUUUGUUUGGAAGCUCACCUGUAACCACGUUCGUUGAGUCUGGUGCAGGCAUAGCUGAGGGUGGCCGAACUGGCUUGACUGCCAUGACAACAGGCUUGUUCUUCUUCAUCUCAUUGUUCUUUGCUCCCAUCUUUUCCAACAUCCCUACAUGGGCUACAGGCUGUGCAUUGGUUUUGAUUGGCUGUCUCAUGCUUCGUUCCAUGGUUGAAGUGAACUGGGCAUAUGCUGGAGAUGCUCUUCCUGCCGCAGUCACACUGCUCUUCAUCCCAUUCAGUUAUUCAGUCGCAUAUGGUUUAAUCGCUGGUGUCAUGACAUACGUUGUCCUCAAUGGGGUCACAUCCCUUGUGAAGCUAGCCACCGGAGGAAGACUGGUCCCUGGUGAUUACGAGCAGCGUGAAUAUUGGACCUAUAAACUCCGUGGCAAGAACGCCCCGUGGUUCCUUCGUGCCUCAAAGUGGAGCUAUCAAAGCUUCUGGCAUCAACAAAGCACACCGGCUGAGGCUGCCAACAAGUCGGACUCGGCAAGUGAAAACGAAACAAGCAGCACAGUGCGGAUCACAGAGUUGUCGAAACAAGACACCCGCACUCCAUCGAGACGCGAUAUUGAAUCAGCUGAUCGGUCGCGGGAAGUUUCGCAUUUCGAAUAG